AUUCAUUUCAUCCACCAUUUCCUUGCAUCCUCAACCACACAACAACAACAAAAUGCGUCACGAGCAUGGCCAUGGCAUAUCCAUCAUCACCUCUAUCGUUGCUGCCUCUGUAAUCGGAGCCGCCGCCGCCGCCGCCGCAGUAGCUUAUACACGGCGGAAGAGUGAACCCCUUAAAGAACAUCAAAAUAUCAUUACCCCUUUCUUGUAUAGGACCGAGUCCUGCCGUGUUGGGAAGCUGGAAAGAUUCUCCCACUACGUUGCCAGGCAGCUAGGGUUUGAGGAUGCAAAUGAGUGUCCAGAGCUCUGCAAAUUGGCUAAUGAAUAUCUGAAAAAUCCUGAAGAUUGUGAGGUAAAGAUGUUUGAAUAUUUUGGUAAGGAAGAAGGAGGUGAGAAUUUGUACGUGAAGUUGAUGGAGGAGUUGGAGAGAUGCAUCCUUUGUUAUUUUGCUUUCCAUUGGAGUCGUGCUCCAGAUAUGAUUACCCAGGUUCUGAGUGUUGAAUCUGAGAAGAAACCAAAGCUAAAGGACUUAGUGAUGACAGCUACAAGGAAGAAGAGAUUUGAGAGGCUGACCCAGGAUCUACACGUGACACGACUGUUCUCAACAUUGAUGGAGGAGAUGAAAGCCAUGCGACGCGUGGACGAUGAUUCUAAUCACACUGACGUAAUGGUCCCGGUGGCCCACAGCCAGCGCAGCCCCGUCCUGCUGCUUAUGGGCGGCGGUAUGGGUGCCGGCAAAAGCACUGUUCUCAAAGAUAUACUCAAAGAACCAUUCUGGUUAGGAGCGGCCACAAAUGCGGUGGUGGUAGAGGCGGAUGCUUUCAAAGAAACCGACGUUAUUUACAGAGCUCUGAGCUCUAGGGGUCACCAUGAUGAUAUGCUACAAACAGCUGAACUAGUUCAUCAAUCUUCGACCAAUGCGGCAUCGUCGCUUCUGGUGACGGCAUUGAACGAAGGUCGGGAUGUGGUAAUGGACGGAACGUUAUCGUGGGUGCCUUUUGUGGAGCAGACGAUCGCAAUGGCUCGAAACGUCCACAAACACCAAUACCGAAUGGGGGUCGGCUACAAAGUGGCCGAUGAUGGCACCGUAACCGAUAAUUAUUGGGAGCAGGUUAAGGAAGAGGAAGAGGAAGAGAAUGAACAAGAAAAUGGUAAUGGGAGUCAUAGGAAACCAUACAGAAUAGAGCUGGUUGGGGUGGUUUGUGAUGCAUAUCUAGCUGUUAUUAGGGGGAUAAGGAGAGCAAUAAUGGUGAAAAGAGCAGUGAGAGUAAAUUCUCAGUUGAAAUCCCAUAAAAUGUUUGCAAGUGCAUUUCCAGGAUAUUGUCAACUUGUUGAUAAUGCCAGGCUCUAUUCCACCAAUGCUCUGGGAGGCCCAUCAAAGUUGAUAGCAUGGAAAGAUGGAGAAAGCAAUUUACUGAUUGACCCGGAUGAGAUAAAAUGCUUGACAAAUGUGAGCAAGUUGAACCCAGGAGCUGAAUCUAUAUACGAGCUUUACCAAGAUCCAAGUCCAUUGGAAGAGCCUGGUUCGGUUUGGAAACAGACAGCAUUCAAUCCUUCAAGAACACACAUUCUUGUUGAGCUCAAAGGUUCCAUUCAAAGAAUCGAAAAUUCCAACAAUGGUGAAACACAACAACAAUUAUAACUUAAACAUGAUCCUGUUUCAAGCCUCGAUUUGUCUGUUGUUUCAGCUGAUGUGGAGAUUAAGAUAUUAUUCCAAUUGGGAGAAAGUCUCUUU